AGAGUUUCCGAGCGCGACGGAACAGUCGCGACAUACGACCGCUCGAUAUCCGAAAGUGCCUGUUGUAAAGGGAUGUGCCUUCAGUGAAAGUGUAACUCAGUGUAUAUUGGAAUAGAGUUUAAAUUUGUUGGAUAAAAUUCAACGAGGUUUAUUGCUGUAGUGUUUUGUUCUUGUGUGAGAGAUACAAAAAUAGCUGCAGAGAUGGAGUUGAGAUGGGUUUUGUAUUGCACGGUGGUCUUAGCGGUGGUAUGCUUCGCACAGAAUACAGAAGCGCGGCACUCGAUGCACCGGCGACAGACUGACGAUUAUGAUGUCCUUGCUGACGCGGCAAUUGAUGAUGAGACGCAGAACGACGGGGAUGGAGGCAAUGACGCGGACGAAGAACCAGAAGUGUCAGCGGUAAUUCUGACGGAGCCGACCCACUACAACGUCACACUUGGUGACAGUGUCAGACUGGAAUGUAAAGUGUCACCUGCUGAUGGGACAGUUGUUCAAUGGACUAAAAAUGGUACGAUGUACUUCUUCGGCACUAUGAAGACGCAAGACCAACACGCCACUUCGUACACUCAGAAUCAGUUGAUAUCAAUUCCUGCAAAUUCAACAGACCUGCUCAUCAAAAAUGUGACAAUAGCUGAUAGCGACACUUAUAAAUGUGAAGUUCUGCAAACAAACAGAGUUACGGUUGAGCAUACAUUGAAUAUCCAAGAAAAACCGAAGAUAAUCAAAUUCUCCGCGUCUAACAACGGAGAAGUGGUGGAAGGUUCCAACUUGAUGCUGACCUGCGUUGUUGGUGGCUCACCUCCACCGCAGAUCAUCUGGUCUAGAGACACUGGCAACGGCAAUGAACGCCUGCAAGAGAAAGACGGCGAGUUUUCUAUCAAUAGCCUCCAUAUUAAAAAUGUGAAGGCGAGUGACGCGGGCAAAUACUACUGCUACGCUUUCAAUGGAGUUGGCAACAAACAGGCUGAAAUUACCAUUGUGGUUAAAAGCAAGCCUCAUGUGCAUGUGCCAAAAGCUAUCAUCAACUCCGCAGUCAAUGUGGAGGCUGUUUUACAAUGCUCCGUGCACGAUGCCGCUCCUGCACACAUCCGCUGGUACAAAGAUGGGUCCCUGAUCGAGGAUACAUCCAGUCAGUUCACAGUAAGCACAAAUGGUCAUCACUCCAACCUGACAGUCACACCAACCAGCGAUCAGGACUUCGGAACUUUCACUUGUGAGGCCGACAACGAUCUGGGUAAACACAACAGGUCCAUCGAGCUGGUGCAGGAGCCAGUUGUGGAAGGUCUGGACGUGGAUGGACCCAAGCUGACCUGGACCAUACACUCUCACCAGCCGCUGGAACAGAUCGAGCUGCAGCUCCGGCAGAUGAGUGCGGAAGGACAAUGGAAGACGAUCAAUGUACCAUUGCCUGACAUCAGGACACAUGAAUACGAGAUUAUCUAUCCGCUGUCGGAACAGGAUUUGGAGCCUGGAAAAUACGAGGCAACAGUCAAAGUGAAGAAUGAAAAGAGCUGGAGCCAGCACACGCCUCCUGCCUUUGUUGAUAUUGAAGCUCAACCACAAUUGAUUCAGCAUGCGUCAGUAUACCGAGGCAACUCCGGCAACUCCAUCCGGCCGACAAUUCUCAGCGCAAUCUCUACAACUCUAAUGUACCUCCUCGUUCGAAUGCUUUAAACAACUGAUAGCCUAAAUUAUUUAUUGUUAGUAUCGAUAAUAUAAUGGAGGGAAGACAAGACGCACAACACUAUUGCUGAUU